AUGGCUGCUGUUCAGAACUUGUUGCUUCGGGUGUUCAUCGCUGUCACGACCAUUCUCAUUGGAGUACAGUGUGGUUCGUUGCAUGGACGAGUUGGCAAACUGACAAUAUUAUCUGGCGAGGAUACAACUGAAAGGACUAAUCAACAGAGGAGAUUUCGCAGAGAAAACCCGAGUACGAACAGCCAUCACUGCGCUCUUCUUUCUUCGCCGUGGCUGGAGUCAAAUGUACCAUCUAAAGACCGUGGGCUAAUUUAUCGGCUCAAAGUGUUACCGAUGUCAGAUGGACCGCGGCGCGCCGUUUUCCCAGAACAACCUCUGUUUCGAUUCGUUAGACGGGUUUACCGCUGCUGUCAGACGGGAAACCGCUGUGAAAAUGUCAAAGGAAUACAAGGCAGAUUAAGUGGUUCACAUAUAGAUUUUUUGCUGAGCGAGGAUGUUCUGUCAGUGACCGUGGUGAGGGCGGAGAUUCAUCUUCACAUCUCAAAUCCUCAGCAGCUCAACAUUCAGCCCCUGGUGCCCUUUCUGGAGAAACGCAAACUCCCAACAAGAUAUAGCGUCGGGGUAAAGGACACAGAGCUGGAGAUGAGGGUGGAUCUUCUCUUUCUGUUCCGAGCUCUGCAGCAGGCGACGGGAGGCGCCCGGGGGCGUCCCAGUCUGAUAGACAUGCGUCGGGCGGGGGGUCUGAGCAGGCCGGGGGCCCCAGAGCCUCGGGAAUGGGUCCGCGCUCUGCAGGAGACCACCCCCGCUGAGCCGGGGGAGGUUUUGGGGCCCCUGAGGUCGGCCGUGGAGCUGGGACUGGCCCUUCACUGCAGCGGGGCGGACGCCACGGCGGUUCACUGUCAGAGUCACGGGGUGCAGUUACUGCACACCCCUUUCAUCGCCCUGUCCUACAGAUGA